CAUGUUAGAGCAGCAGCGCACGCACAUGCACCACACACAGCCUGUGGGGGGGGGGGGGAUAAAAGGCUACUGAGAGAAACCCCCAUUAGGGCAGGAGUGAAGUGGCAUUCCAUAUAGAGGAAGCGAGGUAUGUGGGUGGUGGGUAGGAGGCAUGCAGGUUAUUGUGAGCAUACUGGUACUCCCAACUGCACCUCCCUGUAAGGGCACAAGAUAACAAACGGUUCAUUUUGACUUGAAGUUAAAAACGACGAUAACGUAGGUUAGCGUUCUCUCCUAGGGGUUUUACCGACAUUGCUUCAAUCUCUUUGCGCUGAGUGUGUAACGUAUCGUUAUGUUUUAUAAGAACGUGCUAUUAGAGUUUUAGCACCAGAAAUUUAACUCUAGCUUUUAGAAGCCGUUUUAUAUGUUGUAAAGUUUGUGCCUAUUUCUGGCAGCCAGUGUGGAUACUUGAUUGAUAAGCUUGACAGUUUAACAUGCAGGUGAACACACAGACUUAACAAAAGUCAAAAUUGUCGAAAAUUGGUCGCUUUCUUUUGAGUAAGCUCCAGUGGCUGAUUUAGACAUCUGAUUUUGACCUUCAUGCAUCCUUCAAUUGUACUUGAUUGAGCAAAACUACAACUGAAUUGCCAAUAAUUCGCACCACACAUUCGGUUCAUUUACUGAGGUUGUCGGUACUCAGUUUAUUGAAAAAAGGUCAUGGUGAUCGGCUCUUAUAUUGUGAGUCUUUGUUUGUCAGAAAGUCAAUGGGGGAGGGUGUGGUCUCUAGAGGAAGUAUGUUUCUAAAAUACAGUUGUACUUGUGAAGAACAUUGUCUUUAAUUACCCAGUUUUAGCACAUAACAUGCUAUGAGAACACAGAGAAACCUAUGUUUAAAGUCCAAUUUGACAUUGACGCUAAUUUCUAGGGUAAGGAAUAAUUUAGCCGCCCUAUUUUUGACCUGCAUGAAUUUUUGGUUCAACGAAAAUAUAACUUUACUGUCAGUCAUCUCCCCAAUACACCACGUUCAUUAUCUAAAUUUGUCAGCACUUGGUUUAUUAAAACGAAAAUAAAAAAGAAAGGCUCCAAGGAGCCAGAUGAGGUGGCUGGGGCAUCUGAUUCGGAUGGCUCCCGGACGCCUCCCCGGUGAGGUGUUGCGGGCACGUCCCACCGGGAGGAGACCCCGGGGACGACCCGGGACACGCCGGAGAGACUACGUCCUUCGGCUGGCCCGGGAACGCCUCGGGAUCCCCCCCGGAAGAGAUGGAUGAAGUGGCCGGGGAGAGGGAAGUCUGGGCGUCCCUGCUAAAGCUACUGCCCCCGCGACCCGACCUCGGAUAAGCGGUAGAAAAUGGAUGGAUGGAUGAAUGGCUCUUGUCAUGAGUCUUCGUUUGUCUUCAAAACAAAGUACAUGUUUGAAGGACCAAUUCUGACAGCUAAAGGGGCUACACAAAUACCCAUUUUUAGCCUAGGCUAUCUGUUAGCUUAUCUGUUAACUACAUUGUGGUUGCAAAGCCUUCUCUUCUCUCUUUUUUUGUUGUUAUUAUGGUAACACCGGGGACUUGGGAGACACGUUUGUAUAAAUUAUCACUGAACGCAAGUCAGGUCACUUCGUCGUUGGUUGCCGUUUUAUGUCACCAUCACGGAGUCUGUGGCUCGGCCAAACUUGGGAUUAACCACACAUUAAGAUUUGUGAUCUAACAGGUCAGUUGUCAGAGAUACUUUUCCAAAAUGUGGCGUUAUGAAAUGUGUUGUGCACCGGUUGCUUUGCGACAAAGCUUAAACGGGUUAACAUGCAGAAGAACACUGAGAAUCUUCAUUUUACUUUUAAGGUUGUCGUCAGACAUUUUCACCGGUUACAUUUUGUCGCUGACAGUGCUCGCCGUCUUGAGAUAAUAAGUCACCGCAGUGCAUUCACCUUAUUGGAGCGAGCGGCAACCUUCUGUGUGGAUGCAGCACCUCUGCACAUACUGUAGAACAAUGGCGGAGAAUAUUUGUCAGUUCGUCCUCUCGAGGGGUUGUGACCAUAAUUCCACACUCUUGCCCUCCUUACAUUAGAGCCUCAGUGUUUAUUGACUUUAUGGGUUUUAUCUUCUGGAGGGUUAUGGAUGGGUGGGGGCUCAAUCAUUCCAGUGGGGUAUUUAACUUCUUUCUCACGGUUACAUCAAAACUGAUUGUCAACUAGAAACAAAAGUGUCUGGAGCGCUGUCACAAAUCGCGUUGACUUGCGAGCCUCGAGUAACGCCACCUCACGUUAGAGCUGUCACGGUCACGGCUUGUUUAGUCGCUGUUCCUCUGCAGCAUUUUGGAGGCGUAUGAUGCAAGAGGAUGUCACACUCUUCUCUGGAGCAGGAGCAAUGUGAGUGUGAAUUAGCACACACUGUGGGUGGCUGUAGGUGGCAGCUUGCGUGCUGAAUGGGCUUCCAUUCUUCUGCUUUCAUGAGCGAGACGGUUGCGUGGAUUUAUGUGCGAGUGUGUCUCGAAACCAAAGAUAGGUGGGUGGAGGCAAAGGUCACAAAGAAGGCGUGUUUGCUUGAGUUGGUGUUCCUGCAAGGUAGCCAGACACCCAGCAGUAGCCACUCAUUUGAUCAAGUUCAGCCUUGUGUACUCUUCACACACCAUGAUGAUGCUUAUUCGUGCUGUCUUCUUGCACAUCUCCUUGGAUGGCCGCCGAAGAGACAGGAUGUUAAUGCUUGACGGAAUGCCUGCAGUCCGAGUCAAAGCCGAGCCCCUGGAAUCGGAACAAGGGUUACCUAAAGUGCGGCCUUAUACCGCGAUGGACGGCGUCCCCUUCUUCCUCAGCAGGGUGAAAGCCGAGCCUCCGGAAGACCUGCUCACCCACGACCUGCACUUCCACACGCAGACAGAGCCCGUAGACCUGUCAAUCAACAAGCCCCGCCCCUCCUCUUCCUCCACCACCACGUCAUCCGUCUCCCCGCUGAGAUCCGCCUUCUCGCCGUCCUCCCUGUCGUCGUCGUCCUCUUCGUCCUCGCCGUCGGUCAUCACUUCGGCGGCGUCGGUGCUCUCGCCGGGCCCGCUGGUGGCGCCCGGGAUGAGAGGUCAGCCAUAUUUGCACAUCCUGCACUCGGUGCCGCCGCCUCCGUCCAGCCCGCUGGGCCUGCAGGGGGGCGGAAAGCUGGGUGGCCGCGUUCACCGCAUCCCGGUGGUGGUGCAGUCGCUGCCGCUCAUGUACACCACGGCCGUGCGUUCGCCCUCCAGCCUCAACAACGCCAUCAUGCUACCUCUGCUGGACGACGCCAAGAGCCUGGGCAAAGCGCCACCUUCAUGGUCUCGUCUCAUCUUCGCAGCGCGCGCGGAACACAACGGCCUGUCGCCGCGUCACAUCAAGAGCGACAGCGAUGACGACGACCUGCCAAACGUCACGUUGGACAGCGUCAACGAGACCGGCUCCACUGCACUGUCUAUAGCCCGCGCCGUACAAGAUUCGAUGUCGCCUUUCAGUAUUGACAGCAUACGACGUCCCCGGAGAUCGGAGUCGCCAGAUUCCAAAAAGCGAAGAAUCCACCGGUGCGACUUUGAGGGCUGCAAUAAGGUUUACACCAAAAGCUCCCACCUAAAAGCACAUCGGAGGACACAUACAGGAGAAAAGCCUUACAAAUGCACCUGGGACGGCUGCACGUGGAAGUUCGCCCGCUCCGACGAGCUGACCCGCCACUACCGGAAGCACACGGGCGUCAAGCCCUUCAAGUGCGCGGACUGCGACCGCAGCUUCUCCCGCUCGGACCACUUAGCCCUGCACCGGCGCCGACACAUGCUGGUGUGAGACAAGCCAGGAAAUAGAAAUCAGCAGGGAAGGAAGGAAGCGAGGAAGCAAGGGGGAGCCGGAUCUCCCUGAGAAAUGUUCUUCAGCUGGUCUGGCCACACGCGAGGAAGAUGGCGGGGGUCAAAGAAAGAAAACAGGGUCAAUUGGGGACCAGGCGGUCAGGAUCGUUUCUUGUCUUUUUCAGCACUGUUUGGAAGUUUGGAACACGGACUCUUUAAUCAGACGUGGGGAGGAAAUGCAAUUUUUCAGAAUCUUUUUUUUUUUUGGCUUUAUAAUGUGAAAGACCCCGGACUAUGGAUUUUCUUUCUUUUUUUUUUCCUGUUUUUUCUUCUUUUUUUCUUCUUUUUAAUGAUGCUGUGGCUCUUUUGAAGCAAAUCCGGAUUGGCAGCAGAGGGCGCCACUUGACCAUGGAUGACUUCCUCUGGACUUUGAAGGCGCCACCACAAGCGCAGUGACUCCAAAGCCAUUUUCUUGGGGUGUGCUCACGCUUCUCAAAUAUCAUCAUUUAACAACAACAAAAAUCUGGAGCCACUUUGUUGGAUUUUUGUGCUGUGAUGAAGCAAUCAGAUCAAGUGCAAUCUUAAUGGUUACAACUACACGCACACACACACACACACACACACACGAGAGCGAGAAGUCUUGAAAUAACCUUUUUCCUAUCAGGGGCCAUUUUAGUCCGCCGAGGGCCACACAAAAUUUCUGAAAAAAAUCCCUUUGGACAUAUGUUUAUUAUUAUUAUUAUGAUGUAUUAUGAGCCUUUGUGGGUGAAAUGUUUUCUGGGGGGUCUUUUUUAAUCCCUUGAGGUUUCAUCGCUGGCUUUAAACGCUUCAACAACUAUGUCGUGUACAGAGAACUUUGCAACAAUCACCUAUAGGACUCUUUGCUUUCGUCACUUCUCUCACCUGGUUUUAGAAUGUUUAAUUUUU